AUGCAUUUUGAUAUUCCAGCAUUGCCGAUUGCUACCCUGGUUAUGAACGCAUUUGCAUCGGUAACCCUUGUGACCAACUGGAUAGUGAAGGAAGAACGCGCCACUGAUUCAACCGAUGCAGCACUAGGGAAAAUCGACUGGAAAGUAUCUAGGGGAGGCCUUAAAGCGGCUCGGGAUAUCAUCGUGGUAGCGUCAAGCGCAAGCUAACUUGGCAUGGACAUCUCGCGGUCGCUACAACUGGUUCAGGCGAAGACGUGCACA